GACCCCCGCGGCGGCGGCCUGGCCCUGGAGUGCCUGUGGCGGCGCGGCCGGCGUCACCGCGGCGCCGGCGCGGCCGAGCCGUCCCCCGGCGUGCUGCCGGUGCUGGGGGCGCGCAGCCCCUCGGGGACGUCCGAGUUCUUCGUGCGGUUGGAGGAGCACGAGGCGGCGGCGGCGGCGGCGGCCGGGCGGCGGCCGGAGAGGGGAGGGGACGAUUCGUCCCUCGGGGCCGGGCGGGGCUCGGUCGGGGAGGUUUUGUCGCCGGCAGUGGACAUUGAGCCAAGAGCGGUCAUCGUUGGGUCAAGAGCGGUCAUCGUUGGGUCAAGAGAGGUCAUCGUUGGCCCAAGACCGGUCAUCGUUGGCCCAAGACUGGUCAUUGUUGGGCCAAGACCGGACAUUGACACAAGACCAGCCAUCAUUGGGUCAAGACCGGUCAUUGUUGACCCAAGACCGGUCAUCGUUGACCCAAGACGGGUCAUUGUUGACUCAAGACCGGUCAUUGUUGACCCAAGACCAGUCAUCGUUGACCCAAGACCGGUCAGUGUUGGGUCAAGACCGGACAUUGACACAAGACCAGUCAUCGUUGACUCAAGACCAGCCAUUUUCAACCCAAGACCGGACAUUGACCCAGGACCGGUCAUCGUUGACCCUAGACCGGUCAUCGUUGGGUCAAGACCGGACAUUGACCCAGGACCGGUCAUCGUUGACCCUAGACCGGUCAUCGUUGGGUCAAGACCGGACAUUGACCCAAGACCGGUCAUCGUUGACUCAAGACCAGCCAUUAUUGACUCAAGACAGGUCAUCGUUGACCCAAGACUGGACAUUGACCCAAGACCAGACAUUUUUGACCCAAGACCGGACAUUGACCCAGGACCGGUCAUCAUUGACCCAAGACUGGACAUUGACCCAGGACCGGUCUUUGUUGGGUCAAGACCGGACAUUGACCCAGGACCGGUCAUCGUUGGGUCAAGAUUGGUCACUGACCCAGGACCGGUCAUCGUUGGGUCAAGAUUGGUCACUGACCCAGGACCGGUCAUCGUUGACCCAAACAAGGUCAACGGCCCAAGCGACGUCGCCGUUGUCCCUCGAGAUGACCCAGUGGGGACAAGGCCGGACAUUGACCCAGGAGGGGUCACCGUUGGGUCAAGACCGGUCAUCGUUGGGUCAAGACCGGUCAUUGUCACCGUUGUCACUGGAAUUGGCGCCUUGGGGACAAAACCGGACAUCGUUGAUGACCCCGUGGGGACAGGGCCGGACAUUGAGCCAAGACCGGUCAUCAUUGGGUCAAGAUGGGGCAUUGUCACCUUUGUCACCGGAGGCGGCACCUUGGGGACAAAACCGGACAUCGUUGGCCCAAGACCGGCCAAUGACCCAAGAUCGGUCACCGCUGGGUCAAGACCGGUCAUCGUUGGGUCAGGACUGGUCAUCGUUGACCCACGACCGGUCAUUGUUGACCCAGGACUGGUCAUCGUUGACCCAAGACCGGUCAUCGUUGACCCAAGACCGGUCAUCGUUGGGUCAAGAAAGGUCAACGGCCCAAGGGACGUCGCCGUUGUCACUGGAAAUGACCCCAAGGGGACAAGGCCGGACAUUGGCCCAAGACCGGUCAUCGCUGGGUCAAGACCGGUCAUCGUUGGGUCAAGACCAGACAUUGGCCCAAGACCGGUCAUUGUUGGGUCAAGACCAGUCAUCGUUGGGUCAAGACCGGCCAUUGGCCCAAGACCGGUCACCGCUGGCCCAGGACCGGUCACCACUGGCCCAGGACCGGUCACCGCUGGCCCAGGACCGGUCACCGGUGGCCCAAGGCCGGACACUGGCCCAGGACUGGUCACCGGUGGCCCAAGGCCGGACGCUGGCCCAAGGCCGGACACUGCCCCAGGACCGGUCACCGCUGGCCCAGGACCGGACACUGGCCCAAGGCCGGACACUGGCCCAGGACCGGUCACCGGUGGCCCAAGGCCGGACGCUGAGCCCGGAGCCGCCCCCGGUGCCCCCCAGGACGUCGCCGUUGUCACCAGCGGUGGCACCUUGGGGACGAGGGACGGCGCCUUUGAGCCCGGCCACGUCCCCGAGGCCACCGGAGGGGCCACCAGAGGUGUCCCCAAGGCCACCAGAGGGGCCACCAGAGGUGUCCCCAAGGCCACCAGAAGUGUCCCCAAGGCCACCAGAGGGGCCACCAGAGGUGUCCCCAAGGCCACCAGAACUGUCCCCAAGGCCACUGGAGACGUCCCCAAGGCCACCAGAGGGGCCACCAGAACUGUCCCCAAGGCCACCAGAACUGUCCCCAAGGCCACUGGAGAUGUCCCCAAGGCCACCAGAAGCUGGGGACCCCCUUGGGGACACCCCCGGGGACCCCCUGGGUGGCACCACAGGGGGGGGGUGUCCCCAAGUGUCCCCAGAGAUGUCCCCAAAAGUGUCCCCGAUGUCCCCAGAGGGGUCCCCGAUGUCCCCAAAAGUGUCCCCGAUGUCCCAAAUGUCCCCAAAAGUGUCCCCAGAGGGGUCCCCAGUGUCCACAAAAGUGUCCCCGAUGUCCCCAGAGGGGUCCCCGGUGUCCCCAAAAGUGUCCCCGAUGUCCCAAAUGUCCCCAAAAGUGUCCCCAGAGGAGUCCCCAGUGUCCCAGAAAGUGUCCCCGAUGUCCCCAGAAGGGUCCCCGAUGUCCCAAAUGUCCCCAAAAGUGUCCCUGAUGUCCCCAGAAGGGUCCCCAAAAGUGUCCCAAAUGUCCCCAAAAGUGUCCCUGAUGUCCCCAGAGGGGUCCCCGGUGUCCCCGAUGUCCCCAAAAGUGUCCCCGAUGUCCCCAAAGGGGUCCCCGAGGAGGAGCCCCAAGUCCCCGACGAGGUCCCCAAGGAGGGGCAGGGGGUCCCCGAGGAAACGCCGCGAGGUGGCCCCGAAAAUGUCCCCGAAAAUGUCCCCGAAAAUGUCCCCGAGGCAACAGCGGGACCCGUCCCCAAAAAUGUCCCCAAAACGCCCCGAGGUGGCCCCAAAAAUGUCCCCAAAAAUGUCCCCAAAAAUGUCCCCGAGACACCACGAGGGGUCCCCGAGGAGGCGCCCGGAGAUGUCCCCAAAAAUGUCCCCAAAAUCCUCCAGGGGGUCCCCAAAAAGGUCCCCGAAGCAGCUGGAGGUGACCCCAAAAAUGUCCCAAAAAAGCCCCGAAAUGUCCCCGAGGAGGCACCCGGAGAUGUCCCCAAAAAUGUCCCCAAAAUGCCCCGAAAUUUCCCCACGAAUGUCCCAAAAACUGUCCCCAGAAAGCCCCGAAAUGUCCCCAAAAAUGUCCCCAAAGGGGUCCCCGGAAAUGGCUCCAAAAAGCCCCAAAAUGUCCCCGAAACACCACGAAACGUCCCCAAAAAUGGUUCCAAAAAACCUCGAAACGUCCCCAAAAAUGUCCCCAAAAAUGUCCCCGAGGGCAUUCCCAAAAACGGCUCCGAAAAAUCAGGAAACGUCCCCAAAAAACCACAAAAUGUCCCCAAAAAUGUCCCCGAGGGGGUCCCAAAAAACGACCCCGAAACGCCACGAGAUGUCCCCAAAAAACCCCAAAACGUCCCCAAAAAACCCCAAAACGUCCCCAAAAAACCUCGAAACGUCCCCAAAAGUGUCCCCGAGGGGGUCCCUGGGACAUCCCGGGAUGUCCCCAGGAAUGUCCCCAAAAAACCUCGAAAUGUCCCCAAAAACGUCCCCAAAACACCUCGAGAUGUCCCCAGAAAUGUCCCCAAAAAUGUCCCCAAAAACGUCCCCGAGGAGCUCCCUGGGACAUCCCAAAAUGUCCCCAAAAAACCUCGAGGUGUCCCCAGAAAUGUCCCCAAAAAUGUCCCCCAAAAACCUCGAAAUGUCCCCAAAAAUGUCCCCAAAACACCUCGAGAUGUCCCCAGGAAUUUCCCAAGAAACGUCCCCAAAAAGCCCCGAAAUGUCCCCAAAAAUAUCCCCAGAAAUGCCCCCAAAAACGCCCCCAAAAAUGUCCCCAAAAACGUCCCCAAGAAGCCCCAAAAUGUCCCCAAAAACGUCCCCGAGGGGGUCCCUGGGAGGUCCCGAGAUGGCCCCAAAAACGUCCCCAGAAAUGUCCCCAAAAAGCCCCGAAAUGUCCCCAAAAAAACCCAAAAUGUCCCCAAAAAACCCCGAAAUGUCCCCAAAAAGCCCCGAAAUGUCCCCAAAAAACCCCGAAAUGUCCCCAAAUCCGUGCGGGGAGACGGCCCCAGGUGUGUCCCAGGUGACCCCUGGGCUGGGGCUGUCCCUGGGUGUGCCCCAGGUGUCCCCAGGUGUGUCCCAGGUGACCUCGGGGCUGUCCCCAGGUGUGCCCCAGGUGUCCCCAGGUGUGCCCCAGGUGUCCCCAGGUGUGUCCCAGGUGACCUCGGGGCUGUCCCCAGGUGUGCCCCAGGUGUCCCCAGGUGUGCCCCAGGUGUCCCCAGGUGUGUCCCAGGUGACCUCGGGGCUGUCCCCAGGUGUGUCCCAGGUGUCCCUGGGUGUGUCCCCACCCCCAGGUGUGCCUCACCUGUCCCCAGAUGUGCCCCACCCGUCCCGAGCUGUGCCUCACCUGUCCCCAGGUGUGUCCCUGGGUGUGUCCCCAGCUGUGUCCCCACCCCCGGGUGUGCCCCAGGUGUCCCUGGGUGUGUCCCCAUCCCCAGGUGUGCCUCCGGGUGUGCCUCACCUGUCCCCAGGUGUGUCCCCGGGUGUGUCCCCACCCCCGGGUGUGUCCCCAGGUGUGCCUCACCUGUCCCCAGGUGUGUCCCAGGUGUCCCCGGGUGUGUCCCCAGGUGUGCCUCACCUGUCCCCAGGUGUGUCCCAGGUGUC